UCAUGCUGCUGCCAGGUCCAGAGUGUCUCAUGGGUCCCUGUACGGCCUCCCAUUGCUGCUGUCUCCAUCGCCACACUCUGCCAUGUGCCACUUUCAGGUCUCCUCACACUGCUGGUGUGUUCCAUUUUGUCAUAGGGUGCUGGCAGAUUACGGGCCUCCCAUUUGCUGCUGCCAGGCCUGUAAUCUGCCAUGGGCCCCUGUACCGCCUCCUCAUGCUGCUGCCAGGUCCACAGUGUCUCAUGGGUCCCUGUACGGCCUCCCAUUGCUGCUGUCUCCAUCGCCACACUCUGCCAUGUGCCACUUUCAGGUCUCCUCACACUGCUGGUGUGUUUCCAUUUUUU